CAAAAACAUCGAACAGCAUAGUCCACCGACAUCCUCCAAGCAAUCCCACAUCUUACUUUCUUCUUCCCCAAUUACAUUACCCAAUCGAAAACAUGCCGGCACGCAAAGCCCUAAUCGCAGUGACCUCCGCCAGCGCCACCCUGUUCAACGGCAAGGAGCGCACCGGCCUCUUUAUCAGCGAGGCUCUGCACCCCUACCGCGCCCUCGUGGCUGCGGGCUUUGAGGUCGAUUUGGCGUCUGAGACCGGCAGCUACACCGCAGACUGGCUCUCCCAGCAACCCGACUUCCUGCACGGCGAGGACCUGGCCAUCUGGAACGACUUGGACAGCGAGUUCCGGAAGAAACUCGAUCACAUGCGGCCCGCUGCCGAAAUCCUCGCCGACGCAGCCGCCGAGUACGGCCUGUUCUAUGCCUCCGCAGGCCACGCCGCGCUGAUCGACUACCCAACCGCCCGCGCGCUGCAGCAGAUUGCCGAGCAGGUCUGGGCGGCCGGUGGCGUGGUCGCCUCCGUCUGCCACGGCCCGGCCAUUUUUGCGGACGUGCACGACCGGGCGACGAAUACCCCGAUUAUCCAGGGGCGGAAGAUCACGGGGUUCACUACUGAAGCUGAAGAGACGAUGGGAAUCAUGACGGAGUUGCGCGGGCUCGGAGCGGAGAUGGUGGAGGAGCUGGCGCAGCGAUUGGGGGCGAAGUAUGAACGGUCGGCCGGCAUCUGGGAUGAUUUCCAUGUGGUAGAUGGGCGGCUGGUGACCGGGCAGAACCCGGCGAGUGCGACGUCGACUGCCCAGGCUGCUAUUGAGGUGUUUGACAAGCUGUGAAAUCUGGUUCAUGUAUAAACAACAUAUCUCUUUAUUCGUGUUGGACUUUGUAUCGCUCUCCUGCUAUAUACACCUGUGGAGGUUCGCAGGGUUUUCUUGUGGAUUUGUGAACCUUCUUUGUAGUAAUGUUGUCAGGUUGUCAAGUAUUUUGUCUACUUUCAGUCAUUGAGAUAUUGCCUAUCCCAUAAUCAGAGAAUCCUUCAAC